AUGGGGACCGAGAGUCUACAGGCGGUCAUGCGGCAUCUGCUGCAAACGCGCCGCGACACUUGCUUUGACAACAACAUCUUCCUCGAGUCGCUGGCGCAGGGCGCGACCGUGAGGGCGUGGGGGGAGGUUGCCGCGGCGCUGGUGCGCUGCACGGCUGAGCCUGGCCACCCGCUGCUUUACGUUGAGCAGGACAAUGACGCCGAAUGCCGCGUCACGCAGUACCAAAUGCCGGAUCUACGACAGGGUAUCCUGCCGGCGUACGUGAAAUUCAUGCAGGGGGCGGUCGCGGUGGGCGACGUGGACUUAACGGCCCCGCGGCGCCGGCGCGUGUUUACGUGGGACGCAGAAAAGUUGCUGCAGCGGGCCAACUAUGUGGUGCGCGUGAGCCUCGUGGAGCCGCGGGGUGGAACUUACAUCCUGCGCGAGGGGACGUUAUGCAUGCGCAGCCAGCGGGACACCCUCUUCGGCUCCCGGGGCACGGUGACGUACCUGAACUACCACGGCGCCGGCUUGCUGCGGUGCGACUACGACACCGCCACGUGGCUGAACAUCUUUGGUGUCGCCUACCGCCUUUCCUCGGAGGACCGCAUCGUGAUCACCAUGACGCUCUUCCGCUUCCGCAACAUUCAUAUUGGGCAGGACUGCACCCAUCGCAUGGACCGCUGUCUGCUGCUGCUGGAGUGGCUGUUUGGCCUCGCGCAGGGCGCCUCCACCACCGCCCCGCACUGGAGCUACAUCACUCACCACAUUGAGUACAUUGUUUACAUGGUGCGAGACUGCCCCUGCUGGGAGUUGUUCUGCAAGUUUGUCUGCGCUCUCUACACCCCCCUCCUGCGCCGCGGCUCCAUCUCGUUUGCGGCGCAGGAGCAAGCCGCGACAGAGUCACGGCAGGAUAUCUCGCGGACGACGGUGCUGCGCAUCCUGCAGGUUCUCGCCAUUUGCCGCUCCCCCGCGCUCCCCGGCGAGGCCAGGCAACAGGUGGAACGGGCGCUUCUCUCGGUCAUCCCGCGGUUUGCCUACGGCGACGACGGCGGGAGCCCCACCGCGUACUACACCGUCGCCUUCGAUGUCUCCAACGACUCGGAUGCGGCGGCUGUGAGCAUUGCCAUGCAGUGCCUCGUAGAACGCGCGGAUAUGAAGACGUGGUGGACGCUUGCCUGCAUUGCGGCCGCCAUCCUCGGUAUUUCGCUAGCCGACACCGCGGAGGAGCUGCAGCGCGCCGCGGUGGCGGGAAUUCAUCUGGAGCACCUUGACGAGAUGGAGAAGAAUCGCUGGGUGAACAUGAUCGCCCCCGCCCUCUUUGCGUUUGACUCCUGCAGCACGCUGCCGUUUCUCACGCUGGUGCUGCAGAAGUUUGAAAGCCUGAACACGCCCAUAGCAAAGGCGAUUCUGCGCAACAAGCGGCUGGUGACGGCCAUCUUUGGCGGCACCGCACUGAGGCAGUCGAGGCGACGCAUCACCGUCAUUCGCGACCUUCUCAUCAUGCAGGCAGCCACGUUCUGCGGCGACGGCAACCUUCUUUUUCUGAUGAGGAACUCCGUGGCGGAGGAGGCGCCGCCAGAGCGGCAGGGCGGCAGCGGCGUGGAUGACGCCGCACCCGCGCGCGCAGCCACGACGGAGGGCGGCGGUAGUGGUGGUGGUAGUAGCAGCAGUGGCGUUGGCAACGGCGGAGUCCCCUGCAGAAGUCACCCGGGGCGUGCGGCGUGCGUGGCAAGGUCGUCGUCUAUUGCCAACGCCAUCGCCGCGGUGGAGACGAACUGCGUCUGGUUGGAGUACUGCUGUGAACACUACGACGCGUUUCUCUCGAAGCGGUUCUCCGCGGAGGAGCCGGCCACGCCGCGGUGGGAGAUGCCGGCCGAACAGCCGGUGGAGUCGGACAGCGUGGAGCACGACGGGGUGAGCACGUGA